UGGAUUUUUACUUAUUGACACAAAAUAUCGAAACUUAAAAGCGCCCAGGGCCAAUUGAUAUACACAAUAACCGAUAAAUUAGGGACAAAGAACCAAUAAUAAUGGUUACCAAUAUUUAGAGCAAAUGAAAUCACGAUAAGAAAGGUACAGAUCAUACCUAAUAAUAUCACAAUGCAUAUAAUGUGUUACUUUGUAAUACCCGAAUAAUAUACUAUGUUGAAAAUUACUAAAGGGGAAUUAAAUAAUCUCUUUGUUCAUGGGGUUAUGAGAAAAUUUUUUGUAUAUCUUCACUAUCUUUGCCCUCAUAAACUCAUAAAGAAAAAAAAUUGGAUUACCUGUUUAAUCAUGAUUACAGUUUUUCAUAAGAAAUGAUGCUUAAAUGUUUAUUUUUCAUUAUUGAUUAUUUAACUUUUGUAAGAAUUUUUCGUAUGAUAGCGGAAUUCAAUAUACCCCCAAAAAAAUAUUUCUUUUUAUGCUUAUUCACCAUAAAUAAAUUAGAUUAAAUAAGAUAAAUUAGAUAACUUGGAUAAAUUUUUAAUAAUUAGAAAUUAUGAUUUAUUCGGACUUUUUAAACUUUCGAAUAUACUUUACUGUAUGAUCAUCAUAAGUAGUACAUUUCAAUAUUAGGCCGAGACGCCACUACGGUUUUGGAGUAAAAGGGUUUCAUUGAUAAAAAUACUUUUUAUUUUGACUAAAAUAAGUAAUCAUGUGGAAUAUUUAAUUAUUAACAAUGGAAUCAUCGAUUAUACUCACAUAAAUAUAACAUAAAUAUAAAGUCUCGAAUUUCAAAAAAAAAAAAAAAAAUUAUUUUGC